UAUUAAAGGCUUUUGACCAUGUUUGUGUUUGUAAACCAAAAUACAGCAAGCGCUCAACUUGUUGCCCUUCACAUUUUUUACAUUUACCCAAGCAAAAGCUGCUUCGGCGUCUUCAACAACGAUGAGAAGAUCCAGCGCUGCGACGACCAUGAUGUAACGAAUGCUCUUAAAUCACAACAUACAGCAAGUGAAAUUACGAACCGAUGCGUAUGGAAAUCAGGAAGAAAACGCUGUUGAGACAUGAAAGGAGCAUUCCUUGUGUUAUGAAGUAGACGGGCUAUCAAAACGCUGGAAAAAUUGGAGAAAAGCGUACAAGCAGGAAAUUAUUAUGAAGCUCAACAAAUGUACAAAUCUUUAUAUGUCAGAUAUAUGACUGCUCAAAAGUAUGAAGAAGCCUUGAACCUCAUGCAGUCAGGUGCCUCUAUCCAGCUUAGACAUGGACAGGUUACAUGUGGUGCUGAGCUGGCUCUUUUAUUUGUGGAGACUCUGAUAAAAGCUAAAAUACCAUACACACGGGAAGCACUCGAUCGGAUUGGGACCAUUUUCUCCGAGUUCCCACAACUGGCUGUACCACAUAAACUGUUGGAGGAGGAUGACUUGCGAAAGUUGUCUGAGAUUUUGGUAGCCGCAAAAGCUCGUGUGGAUGGAUGCAGUUCAUUCUUAAAAGCAGCAAUCAAGUGGUCUGCUGCAUAUGGAGGACCAAGUAAAGGUGCAGCAGAAUUACAUGAUAUGCUAGCUCAAUAUAUAAGCUCACAGUCUCCGGAGCUGGACUUCGCAAAAGCCUCCAAAUAUUUUGUGAAUGGAAGUCAUCCAAAAGCGUUUGCUGUUGCAUUGGUUGAUUUUUCAGAGAAGAGCUAUAUAGGAGAAGCCGAUUUAGCAAUUGCACGGGGUAUUUUGAUGUACUUGGUAUCAGGGGACUUACGAGAUGCAAAUUGUUUAAUGGAUGAAUUAAGGGAACAAUCUACAUUGAAGGAGAUUGUGUUGCCGAGUACACCCUUAUUGCAAUUUGUUGAGUAUCUCUUGCUGACCUUGGAAAGGGAUGCAUUGCCACUUUUUCAGUUGUUGCGACAAAAUUACAAGUCAAGCAUUAGUCGGGAUUCCUCCUUUAAUGAGUUGCUAGAUGAGAUAGCUGAAAGGUUCUAUGGAGUGCGUCGCAGAAGUGGUCUACAGUCUAUUCUAGGGGAUAUGUUCAAGAUGAUGGAGAAUUAGUCCAACUUAAGAGUGACUAUUUUGAGUCUAAGAAGUAGGAUAUUGAUCUUUGAAAAUUCUAUACCAGAUUCAUGAAGGAAUAUAGAAUAAUAAUAAAAGUAAUAUGAUAAUUUGCAGAUCAUCUACAUAAUGAAUGAUGGAGGAUUAUGACACAAAUUUUCUUCAUUAAUAUAUGUGAAUAGAUGUUGUACA